GGCCCGCAUGACGUCAUCCGCGCCUACGAGUCGGCGCUCUGAGCCUCGUUUUCCGACCUCUCUGCCAUAGUCCGUCGGCGUUCCGUUGUUGUUGUUUUUGUGCGCAGUCGAGGAGAGCGUGACUCUGCCGGAGCUUCUGCUUUCGCUGUUCGACUGUGAGCGUCGGCAGGCAGCGCAGGACCCGCAGACAUGAAGUGGAUGUUCAAGGAGGACCAUUCGCUGGACCACAGGUGUGUGGAAUCGGCAAAGAUCCGCAACAAGUACCCUGACAGGGUUCCGGUGAUCGUGGAGAAGGUGUCUGGCUCACAGAUCGUGGACAUCGACAAGCGGAAGUACCUGGUUCCGUCUGACAUCACUGUGGCGCAAUUCAUGUGGAUCAUCAGGAAGCGGAUCCAGCUGCCCUCCGAGAAGGCCAUCUUCCUGUUUGUCGACAAAACUGUCCCGCAGUCCAGCCUGACGAUGGGACAGCUGUACGAGAAGGAAAGGGAUGAGGACGGCUUCCUCUACGUGGCGUACAGCGGAGAGAACACUUUCGGCUUCUAGGCCCGCACGUGACCCUCGCCUGCACCGCUCUGCGCCCCCCGACCCAACGCAUCCAAACUUAGUCACUUUAUGCUCUCUCACAAGCUUGAUGGUACCAUAUAACUGGUAUGUGGAAAUGAGAAGAGUAAUCACUAGAACGCAUUUGUAUCUUUGUUCUGCGCUGCUGUGUCAAAGCUGUGUACAUUAGAUUUCACAACUUCUGUUUAGUAAAAAACCGAGAACAAAUAGUGACCCCCCCCCCCCCCCCCCCCCCCCCUCGGAUCUUAGUGGUUUUGUUGUAAUGCCCCAUGUAUUGAUAUUUUUAUUUAAUAUCAUUAACUUUUGUUCCACUGUUAUUCGGAGACUUAAGAAUAUAUUUCAAAGGACUUAAGUUAAAAUAUUUGAAAGGUAAGGUAGCUGGAUGACCUAACCAAUAAAAAAAAAUUUAA